GGAGUCGAUGUCAGAGCAGUGUCGCUUUAUGUAUAUUUUUAGCUGGAAGGCGGGAGCGGGGUUCUCGUCGAGUAAGGCGCCGAGCCGCGCGUCAAACGCCGUUCGUCGAGCAUUCGGCGUGUUUGCCGGCGACAAGUAGAUAAUGCGUACGAGAAAAUGACAUCGCGAGGCAUAAGACGGAAGAAGUCAUCGCUGUCCGAAGUGAAAGUGGCCGUGAUAGGGGCACCAUCGGUCGGCAAAAGUGCACUGACGGUUCGUUUUCUUACUAAGCGAUACAUCGGAGAAUACGAUCAUCAACAAGAUAGCAAAUACAAGCAUGAAGCACUUCUAGAUGGAGAACCGAUACUUUUUGAAAUAUUGGACACAUGUCCAAAGAGUUUGAAUGAGUUGCCUGGCAAUGAAAUCGCACAGUGGGCUGACGGUUUGUUCCUGGUCUACUCUAUUACGGACAGGGAGUCGUUUAACUAUGUGCGGCGAGCGAAGCAGAGCCUUCAACCGGAGGUUCCUUUGACCCUCGUCGGCAACAAAGCAGAUAUGGUGCAUUUAAGACAGGUUAGCCCAGAGGAAGGAGAAAUACUGGCAAAGGAUUUCGAAUGCAACUUCGCUGAGGUAGCCGCGGCUGAGCAGGUGAAUCAGGUCGGAGAGGUGUUCCACGAACUUUGUCGCGAAGUUCUCACUCAUCGAAGGCGAGCUAAGCAUAGCCUUUUAGACAGGAUGCUCGGUUCCAAGACGGCAUAUCGCGUAUACUCCCGUGGGAAAAGUGACAGCGCUCUACCCAAAGACUAAAGUAUAAUUGAGGAGUUGGCGAACAAAACGGUGUAAUUGCACGAAAUAUGAUUUUAUAGGAGAAGCAUAAAAUUGAGUGAAAUCAAAAUGUUAUAUUUGCAGGGAAACUUCACGGCAAAUAUACCAUUUUGAUCGAAAUCACGAACUUUGGACUUAUCUAAUUUUACCACAGUUUUAGGCCGGGUUGCUUAGUUCAAGUUCCGUGAUCGAAAUCAUAAACUUUGGAAUCAAUUUCAGUAGUUUUAGACGGGUUUGCUUGGAAAUGAGUUCAUAUUUGUAAUCAGUGGGCCAAACAAAAGUGUAAUCACACCGUUUUGUUCGUCAGCUCCUCAUUUAGUUUAUGCAUUUAGUUGUAUAUAAAUGUUGCCCGAAUGCUAUUUUUUUUUUUUUGGUUGUGUGUAUUAGAUGUGUA